AGCCUCGGUCUCUGCGCGCCGCCGUCAUGGCCGCCGAGGAGAAGGACCCCCUGAGCUAUUUCGCAGCGUACGGAAGCAGCAGCUCAGGCUCCUCGGAAGAGGAGGACAACAGCGAGCCAGAGGAAACGAGCUGCAGGGCCCCGAAUCCGGCGAAGUCGGCGGGCGGCUGUGGGAACAAGGCGGAAAAACGGCUGCCGGGACCCGACGAGCUGUUCCGGAGCGUGACGCGCCCGGCCUUUCUCUACAACCCGCUCAACAAGCAGAUAGACUGGGACAGGCACGUCGUCAAGGCCCCGGAGGAGCCGCCAAAGGAAUUCAAAAUAUGGAAAUCAAACUAUGUACCACCGCCAGAGACCUACAUUACUGAGAAGAAACCUCCACCUCCAGAGCUGGACAUGGCAAUAAAAUGGUCUAACAUAUAUGAGGACAAUGGUGAUGAUGCCCCACAAAAUGCUAAGAAAGCUAGGCUUCUGCCGGAAGGGGAGGAGACAGUGGAAUCAGAUGAUGAAAAAGAUGAGCAUACUUCUAAAAAACGCAAGGUAGAACCAGGAGAACCAGCAAAGAAGAAAAAGUAGAAAACAAAUAACAAGCAUUUCUGGACUGCAAAACUUGCUGAAAUGGUUUUUGGGGGCAGAUUAAAUCAAAAAUUGUAAAUUAUUGUGAUACAACAUCUCCAUGGAAGUACAUGUUAAUUAACUCAUGUGUAUUGCUAUAAGAAUUGUCCACUGUAGAGUUCAUUUUUUAUUUAAAACUUAUGUAUUUAAAACUCAAAUGGUGAUUUGUGAUUGUGAAAUUGACAAUACUUGGAAGCAUUCUUGCUAUCACAGAAUUGGUGACAUGCCUUGAGAGUUUUGUCACGUGUUGACAUGCCAAUGUUCUAUGAACCUUUUAUAAAGGAAUAUAUUUUUAAAGUAAAUAUACUAUAAUGUACUGUGAACUUGUAGGGUGCUUUUCAACAGUGUUUGUACAGUGUAAAUAGAUCAUGGAAAUAAAAUUACUUAAUUCAGUAUCACUAUUAAUGCAUAACAUUAACAUUGGAAUAUUUGUCUGUGACAAGUACAUUCUUUGACAUGUGAUGUUUUAAAUCGUAUCAGUGGGUAUUAUAUUUAAGGAGCGCCUCCCGUGUUCCAGGUGCUUGUGUAUACAUCUUUCUCAUCUUCAACUACUCGUAAUACUAGUAAAGCAGUAGUAGUAACUUCAUUGUAUAAUAGAGAUUAACUUGUCGAAGGGUUUCAGCUAGUAAAUGAUUAAUUUGGAAUUUAACUUGGGAAACUUAAAUUCUGAAAUUAUCACCUAAAUCACCUUUCCACCAAUCAAAAUAUAAUCAUCGUUUAGGAAAUGCAGUUGUCAUCACUUCAGGUACUCUUCUGUGUUAGCUAGUAGAAAUCUUCUCCCAUUAUGGCUAUUAAUUCCCUUGUUAAGUAAGAUAAGGUUCUUUAACAAGGAACUGUGAGGUGUCACAAAUAAAAAUACAGGGCACCCAGUUAAAAUGGAAUUUUACAUAAGUAACUUUUUGUUUAUGCAGUAUUUGGAACAUACUUAUACUAAAAAUUCAUUUAUCUGAAAUUCAUAUUUAACUGAAAAUCACUUAUCUGCUUGUUUCUCUACCCAAUUCCUUCUUAAUGCCUUUUAUACAGUAAUACUCAAGAAAAUAGGCAGGUGGUAGUCAGAGACAUAGUAAUAUUUGACGUGAGUUCUACAGUCCAAAAUGGCACCUGUGCAGUUAUCCAUAGUCUUUUUUUAAGAUUUAUUUAUUUAAUACAUACAAGAAUUGGGGUACAAACCAGAGUUGUGGGGGGUGAGAGGAUUCACCAGAGACAGAAUGGGGAACAGAACAGGCAGAUUGACUGAAAUACCCUGCUGAAGGGAUCAGUGGGCGAGUCAGGGGAGGUCUGCUACGCCAUAUGGGUAGCUCCCUGGCCGGGCAUCAAACUCAUGCUGCAGUAGCUGUGGAUAGCUUCAUAGGUUGUAUCUUAACCCCUUGCGCCACCAGGGAGGCCCAGUUAUUUGUAGUCUUGAAUGAUAAAAAGUGGAAGCCUCAAGCUGCAUCAGUCUUUGCAUGAUUCUUAGGCCUUUAAAAGACAUGAGUUAAUUACAGACAUUGCGUAUGUGGUGUUUAAGAAAAAUUAAAAGACAUCAGUCUGUGAAAUGGUGGUUCCCAAGUAGAUUUCUGGAGAAAUCUAUAUUCUGCAUCCAUGUAUUGGAUCAGAAGUUACUGAAUUUACAUGAUUUUAAAAUAAGUGUCAUAACAAAUCUCAUACCGAAAAAGCCCAGCAAACCACUGUCUGCAACUUUUUUAACCUUUUUUGAGGACCCAUUGGUUCAACCCAACUGAGAUCAGUGAACUAAUGGCAGAGAAUAAGAAUUCACUGGAUAGGUCAGUCCCUACUGGUACUUUGAGCCUUCUUUCUAAAAGGUAACAGAAGAGGGGGAAAGCAAAUACUUUUUCUUUGAAGGGGUGUAUGUUUCAAUUUUUUUUUUUUUAAAGAUUUAUUUAUUUAUACAAGCACUGGGUACAGUCAGAAGCGCGGGAGGGUGAGAGAAUUCACCAGAGUCAGAGAGAGGAGGAGAACAGUCAGACUGACGAAAUACACUGCUGAGGGGUAGCAGUGGGCAUGGCAGGAGAGGUCUGCGCACCAUGUGAGACCCUCCCCAGUGGCCGGGGAUUGAACCCACGCUGCAGAGGCUGCAGGCAGCUUCGUAGCCCAGCGCUCAACCGCUGCACCACUAGGGAGGCCCUGUUUCAAUAUUUUAAACAGGAGAAGUAGUGGCCAUACUAUUAAGCUUUGGUGAGAGAUGUGCUGGUAGUAGUCAGGCUGGAUUUCACUUGUGAGGGGAAGGGAGGACUUAGGAAGAAGGAGGCUAAAUUGUGUUAGAGUAGUUGUGACUCGAUUAUUUGUAGCUCAUUGGGUUUCUUCUCAAAAUAAAGCCAAAAAUGGGAAGAGAGAUGAAUUUACUUUAUUAUUUAACCUUCCACAGAAACACCUCCGUUUGGAAAAGGACUUUCACUUCACUCUACAUCCAUCACCACAUUAGAUAAUGGAAUUUUUCCCUCUUUAGAGCAGUCCAGGGAACUUGUUGAUGAAGUGUCUGUGUGGGUACUUAGGAAAGAAGCUGUUUGUUCCAGCUAGUGAAAACCCACUGGAGAAAUCCUUAUAAAAAUCUGUGUAGUUGGGGAAAAAUCUCUAUUCAAGUUACUUCCUUUUUUCAGUGAGUCCAGUCACUUGACGUUUCUGAUUGUUUCCUCAUCUUUAAGAUAAGGAAGUUAAGCCACAUCAGCUAUGAAGGACUUCCUUUUGUACAUAGAUAAAAUCUGAGAAAAGAACUAAGCAUUUAUGGGCAAUAUUUUUAAGUGUAAAGUAUAAAUAGCAUCGAGUUUUAUGGGAAACAUUUUAACUAGAAUCAACAUUACUGAGAAAAUUGACAAUUUUUGGCCAUUAAAAUAUUAACACCUGGACAUAUUUACAAACUUUCUCAUCUUACCCCUUCGUGCUGCAAUUUUGAGUUCACAAAGUUCUGUCACAUACCAAAAAACAGGUAUUUUGGAAAAUACCUAAUGAGGUAGGUUUUGUGAUCUCUAAAUUAGAGAAUGGAAAAGAGACCCAGCGAGCUUAAGCAAUAUAUCCACUGAUGCACUGAGAGUUAAGAGCUCAGAUUAGAAGCUGCAUCUCAUUCCAUGCUAAACUUACAGAGCACCUAUUGGGUGCAAUGCAUUGUGAUAAAAACAAAGGACCCAACUUCAUUUUCGCAAAAUCAUACUAGUAGCCGUGGGUAAAAUGUGUCAAGAGUACAAGUCGAGUCCAAAAGACAGGCUGCAGUAGUGCAGUGGGGUGAUGUGUCUGAAUAAACUGAUAGAACUUAGUUGACUGUAAUGGCUGAGAGAGAGGUUUUCUUUUAUUGCCAACUAUGUUUUCAUUAAAAUAUGAAUAGAAUAAUGCAAGUUUGGACAUGACCUACAUAUAAAACACGUUGCCACAUAAGUUAAAUACAAAGCCCUACCAGAGAUAUUUGGAAAAUGCAAUUAUUUUUACAAGUAUCUGAAUGAACUCAGCAAUUUUUCUUAAGUCAAAAACUUUGGCUACCUUAAACCUACAACUGGAUUUUAAAAUGUAUCAUUGGUGGUAAUUUGGAUUUUAGAGUUUUGUAUCUAUACUGAGCUGCUUUCAUGCCUCUAUUAUCACUUAGUACAGAAGUUCCAGAUAUUACAAAAAAGGUAUUAAAAUCUUCACCAAAUGUUUUGGACUUUGCAUUCAAUUCUGAAGCUUCAUCUCCACCCACAUUGUUUUUCUAAUUUGAAGCACUGUGUUUGCAUUUUAAUUCAACAGAUACCAAUAAGCACAAGUAUGUAUGGUCCUCAGAGUAGGGACUUCUUGCCUCAUGUGUUCAUUGACUAGAACAAUGCCUGGUACAUAGUAGGCACUCAAAAUAACUGCUAAAUGUUGAUGCGCUGAAUUCCUCACCUUGAGCUUAGGAGUGAUCCCUCAGAGGCUUGUGUUUUCGAUUAAAUGGGCCAAUAAAUCAUGAUAUAAAUCAGUUUGAGUUGUUUUCUGUCAUUUUCAGUCAAAAACAUCCUACUUAAUGUGGAAUUCUUUUUAUUCCUUUAGUUUCUUACGGGAGUCACAUACUGUCCUGGUUCUCUAUCUCUCCGACUCCUCUGAACUGUCCUGGAAUGUCAGGUUAUGCUCAUUCUCCAUAUUAGUUCUGGACAAUUUCAGCCACAUUCAUGGCUACCACAAUCUGGUGGUUUCCUACACUGUUAGCCUUGCCAAAAUGCUCUGAUAAAGCUCCAGAUUUGUAUACAUCCCUGCUUUGGUCUCCUAGACCUCUCAGAGCUUCUGUGUCCAAAACCAAAUGCAUCAUGUCAAAAACCACACCACCUGCUAUGUGGCCUCACCAUCAAGCCAGAAAUCUGCCCUCUACCUCACUUUCCAUCACAUAGGUUUGGUCAGUAAACCCAGAGUGUUCUCUACCUGGUUCUGACUCAUCUCUUAAUCCAGCUCUAAUGAAUCAUUUACCAUUCCCCAGAUAUGCUAUUUGGUUUCCCAAUUCUUGCCUUCGCUUGUACCAUUUGCUUGUCCUGGCCCUUCUCCUUUUACUUAGGAACCCAAUCUUUGUCCUCCAGGAAUCAGUUCAAGUAUUCCUUCCUU